AUGAAACUCAAAUUUUGGAGACUGCAGCAGAAAAAACAAUUAUUAAAUUUAUUACAUAUUCGACCUCAAAUUUCCAAAUAUAAUUAUUCUACAAUGGAAAAAAUGAAAAAGGAAGAAUUAACACCAACAGCAAAAUAUCUUAAAGAAUACAUAAAGAAUAAUGGACCAAUAUCAAUUGCCCAAUAUAUGCGAGAAGUUUUAACUAAUCCUAAGAGUGGAUAUUAUAUGAAAGGUGAUGUAUUUGGAAGAAAAGGUGAUUUUAUUACUUCUCCUGAAAUAAGUCAGACAUUUGGCGAGCUUAUUGGGAUAUGGUUUUUAACACAAUGGAAUGCUCAAGGAAAACCUAACGAAUUUCAAAUAGUCGAAUUAGGACCGGGAAGAGGAACAUUAAUGGAUGAUGUACUUCAUUGCUAUAGAUUAAUAGAUGGAAUACAUUUAAUAGAAGUAAGUCCGGAAUUACGUAAAAUACAACGACUAAAAUUAUGUGGAAAUAAUAUAGCAGAAGGUAAUUCAUGUCAUAGAAUCGAUGGAUUGAAAUUUUUCUGGCAUAAUUCUAUUGAAGAAAUUCCUGAAAAUGGAUGGCGUGAAAUAUUGGUUGACAUAGAUGAUUCCGAACUAAGUCCUUAUCAUUUUCAAUUUAAAUUAUCUUCAGAACCAAUAAAUACAACAACAACAACUUCUUCUUCCUCUAUAUCAUCUUUGCUUAAAAAAUUUAUUGAUAGUAGCAAUAAUAAUAAUAAAUUUAACAUUGGUGACAAAAUAGAAAUAUCUUUUGAAUCAGAAAAAAUUUCUACUCAAAUUGCUAAACAUAUUCACAAUAACAAGGGUGCUUCACUUAUUAUAGAUUAUGGCAAAGAUUUUAUUCAAGGUAACACUUUAAGGGUAAGUCAAGCUGACUUAAGUGCAAAUGUAAACUUUCAAUAUCUUAAAGAAUCAGCUAAAAAUCUAGUGAAUACGUAUGGACCAAUAACGCAAUCAAAAUUUUUACAAACAAUUGGAAUAAAAAUUCGAUUGGAAGUAUUAUUAAAAAGUACUUCUCCGGACAGACAUGAAUCAUUAAUUUCUUCAGUUAUAAGAUUGAUAGAUCCAUUAUCCAUGGGUAAUAUUUAUAAAGUAUUGGCGUUUUUACCUAAAGAAGAAUCUCAAGUACCUCCUAUUUUUGGUCUCUCUGAAGUUGGGGUAGUUGGGGUAAGGAUAGUGGUCGAUUCAGAUAAAGCUGUAGAAGUUGAUGUUGAUCUACCAACUAUUGCUGAUAUGUUUUGUGGAGCUGGUGGAUUUAGCGAAGGUGCAAGACAAGCGGGAUUUCGUGUAAAAUGGGGAAUCGAUAAAGAUGAUUCGUCGAUCGAAACAUUUUUAUAUAAUCAUCACAACACGACAGUUUAUAAUAUGGAAAUUAAUGAAUUUAUGAAUAAAAAAAUUAGAAAUGUUUCUCAUGUUGAUGUCUUAUUAGCAGCUCCUCCUUGUCAAGGUUUUACUGGUGCAAAUACUCGUGGAAACAUUAUUGAUAUGACAACUAAUAUGAUCUUGGUAAUGAAUAUCCCUCAAGCAUUGGAUAUUCUUAGACCGAAAGUAUUAGUAUUUGAGAAUGUAAAAGGAUUUUUUAAUCGGAAAAAGAGUGAAGAAAUCUAUAAAUUAUUUGUAAAUGAUUUAUUAGAUAUUGGAUACAAAAUCAAAACCAAAAUUUUAAAAGCCACGGAUUUUGGCGUAUGUCAACGUCGAGAACGUUUUAUAAUGUUGGCUGUGCCUACCGAAUCAAAUUUUCCAUGUUGGCCGGAACCGACACAUUAUAUCAAUAGCGAAGUAUCUGAUCAGGCUCGAGCGAAUUAUCGCGAAAUGGGCCUUUUACCUACACCAACAGUCGAUGUGGCAUUUCGAGGAUUAAAUACUGCAACUCCUAAUAUGGAUUACAUUAAAACCGUUCCUUAUCAUUUACUCCGUCUCAAACCAAAUCAAAUUCCUUCAACUGUAUUGUGCACAAUUAAUCCGGGUUGGCAUAAUAUUCAUCCGACAAUAUUCAGAUAUAUAUCACCGAGAGAAUCAGCAAGAUUGCAAAGUUUCCCUGAUACUUAUGAAUUUAAGGGUACUCUUGCAUCACAAUAUAGACAAGUCGGUAAUUCCGUACCUCCAUUAUUAGCCAAAGCGAUUAUUAAAGAAAUCAAAUUUGUAAUUUGA